AUGUUGCGUUCCAAACAAUAUUGUGGAGAAGACGCUUUGGAAUGGGCCAACAGGCCUUUCUUCGUCGAUUGGGCAGUCACUGGUGUGAUAUGGCUACUUUCUUAUUUCGUAUCUGCCUCCCCAGUUUAUCAACGAGACUUCACUCUAUCUGAUCCGGACAUCAGUCAUCCUCAUAGAAAAGACCAAAUCGAAUCAUGGCUAAAUAACUUGAUAUCUCUUUUCUGCCCAUUACUAGUUUUUGUGGGAGUGGGAUGUAUCAAGCGUUCUAUGCUCGUGAUACAUCACAGUGCAAUAGGAUUGUUUACAGCAAGAGGUGUAGCACGACUGAUCACAGAAGCAUUCAAACAUAGUGUUGGUCGACUAAGACCCGAUUUUCUUGCCAGGUGCAGGUGGGAUGAGGCACUGAAAAAAUGCACUGGCGAACGCGACAAGAUUCUUGCCGGGCGCAAAUCAUUUCCAUCGGGUCAUUCUUCGACAGCAUUUGCUGGGAUGCUCUUCUUGUCACUUUGGAUUGCCGGUCAGACAGCCGCUUGGUGUUUUGCUGUUCCAAAAUCUGGCCAUAAUUUCCGGUCUAGCCGAAUGCUUUCUUUUGCUCUUUCAUUACUUCCAAUUUUUUGGGCAGCACAUGUUGCAGUGACGCGGAUCCAAGACUAUCGCCAUCACACAGAAGACGUCAUCAUUGGUAGUUUGCUGGGGUGCAUCUCCGCUCUCCUUUCUUACCUUUUAUUCUGGCCAAACCCGCUUUCGCAGGACUCAUAUGAACCCAGUGUAUACGGGGAACCCCGAUUGCUAUAUACAUAUACCGGCAGAAAUCACCAGAGGACCAGAACUACUGAAUUUGAAUUGGGUAGGUUUGAAGCGGAAGAUGUUGAUAGUACAUACGUGUAG